AUGGCUGAGCAGAUGGUUCUUCGUGGUACCCUUGAGGGCCACAAUGGCUGGGUUACUUCCCUGGCUACCUCUCUGGAGAACCCCAACAUGCUGCUCUCUGGCAGUCGCGACAAGACCCUGAUCGUCUGGAACCUUACCCGCGACGAGCAGGCCUACGGUUACCCCAAGCGCAGCCUCGAGGGUCACUCCCACAUCGUCUCUGACUGUGUCAUCUCCUCCGACGGUGCCUAUGCUCUGUCCGCCUCCUGGGACAAGUCCCUCCGCCUGUGGGAGCUCGCUACCGGCCAGACCACUCGUACCUUCGUUGGCCACAACAACGACGUCCUCUCCGUCUCCUUCUCCGCCGACAACCGCCAGAUCGUCUCCGGUUCUCGUGACCGCACCAUCAAGCUGUGGAACACCCUCGGCGACUGCAAGUUCACCAUCACCGACAAGGGCCACGCCGACUGGGUUUCCUGCGUGCGCUUCAGCCCCAACCCUCAGAACCCCGUCAUCGUUUCUGCUGGCUGGGAUAAGCUCGUCAAGGUUUGGGAGCUCGCUUCCUGCCGCCUCCAGACCGACCACAUCGGUCACACCGGUUACAUCAACACCGUCACCAUCUCCCCCGAUGGAUCCCUCUGCGCCUCCGGUGGCAAGGACGGCACCACCAUGCUCUGGGAUCUCAACGAGUCCAAGCACCUCUACUCCCUCCACGCUGGCGACGAGAUCCACGCCCUUGUCUUCUCCCCCAACCGCUACUGGCUCUGCGCCGCCACCGCCAGCUCCAUCACCAUCUUCGAUCUCGAGAAGAAGAGCAAGGUUGAUGAGCUCAAGCCCGAGUUCAUCGAGAAGAGCUCCAAGGCCCGUGAGCCCGAGUGUAUCUCUCUCGCCUGGAGCGCUGAUGGCCAGACUCUGUUCGCUGGUUACACUGACAACAAGAUCCGUGCCUGGGGUGUCAUGUCGAGGGCAUAG